AUGGAGAACAGUGCUGAUGUGAAGGCGGUGGCCGAUGAAAACAACGGAGAUGGGAAAGUGACGAAAAAGAAGAACCUGUGCAGGCUCAUUGUGGAGGAAGCAACGAACGAUGACAACUCCGUUGUGGCCCUGAACACCAAGCGAAUGGAAGAAUUGAAUUUUUUCCGAGGAGACACCAUCUUGAUUAAGGGAAAGAAAAGGCACUCCACCAUUUGCAUCAUUUUGAAUGACAACGAAUUGGAUGAAGGCAAAAUUCGGAUCAACAAAGUUGCCAGGAAAAACCUUAGGGUUUGCUUGGGAGACAUCGUCUACGUGAAACCGUGCCCCGAAAUCCCGUACGGAAAGAAGAUCCAGGUGCUGCCCCUUGAUGACACCAUCGAAGGCCUUGCGAAGGACACGCUGUUUGAGAUUUUCUUGAAGCCGUACUUCAACGAAUCGUACAGACCAGUCAAGAAAGGCGACUUGUUCCUUGUGCGAGGUGGGUUUAUGUCGGUAGAAUUCAAAGUGGUUGAAGUGGACCCAGAUGAUUUCUGUAUCGUUUCCCCAGACACGGUUAUAUACUACGAAGGAGAUCCCAUCAAAAGAGACGAUGAAGAAAAGCUGGACGAAAUAGGUUAUGAUGACAUAGGAGGAUGUAAAAAACAGCUAGCUCAAAUUAGAGAAAUGAUCGAAUUGCCACUGCGACAUCCAGGAUUAUUUAAGACGUUAGGGGUGAAACCACCCAGAGGAGUAUUGCUAUAUGGACCCCCCGGAAGUGGAAAGACAUGUAUAGCAAGAGCUGUGGCAAAUGAAACAGGAGCCUUUUUUUUUCUCAUAAAUGGACCAGAAGUAAUGAGUAAAAUGGCAGGAGAGGCAGAAGCAAAUUUGAGAAGAGCCUUCGAAGAAGCAGAAAAAAAUUCCCCUGCAAUUAUCUUCAUCGACGAAAUUGAUUCUAUUGCCCCGAAAAGAGAAAAAACGAAUGGAGAAGUUGAGAGGAGAGUAGUUUCACAAUUGCUAACCUUAAUGGAUGGAAUAAAAAGUAGAGGACAAGUAGUAGUCAUAGCAGCGACCAACAGACAAAAUUCCAUCGACCCUGCGUUGAGACGUUUUGGUAGAUUUGACAGAGAAAUUGAUAUAGGAGUACCAGAUGACAAUGGAAGGUUUGAAAUUUUAAGAAUACACACCAAAAAUAUGAAGCUCUCCCCAGAUGUGAAACUAGAAGAACUAGCAAGCAGCACCCACGGUUUUGUUGGUGCAGAUUUGGCUCAAUUAUGUACGGAAGCCGCACUAACAUGUAUCCGAGAAAAAAUGGAUGUAAUUGACUUGGAAGAUGAAAUUAUUGACAAGGAGGUGCUAGAAAGCAUGUGCGUAACACAGGAUCAUUUUAACAUGGCCUUGGGUACAUGCAAUCCAUCGUCGUUACGAGAAACCGUUGUUGAAGUUCCUAAUGUCAAAUGGGAUGAUAUUGGUGGACUGGAUGAAGUGAAGAAUACAUUACGUGAAAUGAUUCUAUAUCCUAUUGACCAUCCGGAUAAAUUUGAGAAAUUUGGUAUGUCCCCAUCUAGGGGAGUUUUAUUUUAUGGACCCCCAGGUUGUGGUAAAACUUUACUAGCCAAAGCCGUUGCAUCUGAGUGUUCAGCUAAUUUUGUAUCCAUCAAAGGUCCAGAAUUGCUAACAAUGUGGUUUGGUGAGUCGGAAGCUAAUGUUAGAGAAGUGUUUGACAAAGCUAGGGCUGCGGCACCUUGUGUUUUAUUCUUCGACGAGCUAGAUUCUAUAGGGACACAGAGAGGAUCUACCCUUGGAGAUGGAAGCGGUGCUGGAGAUCGAGUAAUGAAUCAGUUACUAACCGAAAUUGAUGGAGUCGGACCGAAGAAAAAUCUUUUCUUUAUUGGAGCAACCAACAGACCUGAAUUAUUAGAUGAAGCAUUACUAAGACCAGGAAGAUUAGAUCAAUUGAUUUAUAUUCCUUUGCCUGAUUUAGCUGCUAGAAUUUCUAUCCUAAGCGCUAUAUUGAGGAAGUGCCCCGUAGCUGAUAAUGUUCCUAUAGACUUUUUGGCCCAGAAGACCGCCGGAUUUAGUGGGGCUGAUUUAGCGGAGCUCUGCCAGAGGGCAGCCAGAGCGGCCAUUCGAGAUGCCAUCGAUGCGGAGGAAAUGAACAAAAAGUCGAAGCUACAAAUGUAUCCAAAUGAGAAGGACGAAAAUGGAGAGAAUGCUCAAAACAUUCAAAAUGGAACCACUGUGCAGAAUAACGAAGAAAAUACAAUAAAAUAUGAAAUUACGAGGCAUCACUUCAAGGAGGGACUAGCUGGUGCUAGGAGAAGUGUUUCACAAGCCGACCUAAUUAAGUACGACAACUUUAGAAUAAAAUUCGAUCCUUUGUACAAGACGAAGACGGGUGGUGGAAAUGAUGACUUCAUCAUUGACUGGCCCGAUGAGGAAAACAACGAGGAACCCCAAGAGUACAACGUGGAUGAUGACCUGUACUCGUAG